GUAUUCAAUAUCAUGUAGUAACCUAGGUUAGAGCCUUGCUUCAUCUACAUAGGCACAUACUUGUCCUGCAGGGAUCCUUGGUGGUUGAGCCUUACAAUUAACUCAGAUGUUCUACUAUACUUGAAUUACCCGCAUCUUGCCAAUCCCUUUGACUUACAUUAGACUCUAGGUCUUGAAUAGCCUCAGUUGAAAGGGGCCAAAGACGCCAGCGAGCCUCAUCUCCAUCAGCCCCCUCAAGUUCGCCAGACAUGUCUGCCAAAUCCAUUUUAGUAACAGGCUGCUCAGCAGGAGGCAUCGGCGCCGUCAUCGCCCUCAACCUCGCCAAAAGCAGCCACAGCGUCUUCGCAACAGCCCGCAACACGUCCAAGAUCCCAGAAGAGCUAUCAAGCCUAUCCAACGUCACGCUCAACGUGCCUUGGAUGUCCGCAUACACAUCAUCCAAAGCCGCGCUGACAAAUCUAUCCGAGUGCCUGCGUCUUGAGCUCUCCCCCUUCGGCGUCGCCGUCGUGACUAUCAUGGCAGGCAUCAUAACCUCGCAUUUCCACGACAACGACGCCGACGCCCAGCUACCAGAAGGAUCUCUGUACGCCCCCAUCCAAGACAUCAUCGACGGCUGGACGAGCGGCAGGUCCAAGCCCAAGGGGAUAUCGGCAGACCAGUUUGCCGCGCACGUCGCCCCUGAUAUCCUGGGCGACGGAAAGGGGGGGCUGGUCUGGAAGGGUCCUAAUGCGGGAUCUAUCAAGCUGGCCAUAAAGUGGUUUCCCCAGUCUCUUGUAGAUGCGGCCAUGUCCAAAGAUCAGGGGUUAGACAAGCUCGUAGAGAAGUCCCCUAGAUAAGAAGGACAAGGACGGAGCGAGUUGAGUGAGCUGCCAGAAAUGGGCUAAUAAAACUCCAGUUGGCUAAACAAAUGGUACUACGAGGCUCAUAUGUGUGUUAUCUCGAACUUCCAGCAUUCGGAAUGUCAUUGAACUGGAAAUACUAUUAUUAGAAUUAGG